UCUCUCUCUCUCUCUCUCUCUCUCUCUCUCUCUCUCUCUCUCUCUCAGUCAGGAGGAGUCUAAAUGGGAUGUUGUCACUCUGGAGUUGUCUGCACACUGGAGGGCUGUGUUUCUACUGACCUCUGCACAUUGGAAUACUGAGCCUCUUUUUUUCCUCCUGAUUCUCUCUCACUCUCUCUAUUCUCAUCCGGGGGAAGGAAUUCUGGCAAAGCUGUUGAAGGGAACUUUCCCCCCCCAUUCUUCCUCUCUUUCACACACACCACGUUUAUCCUGUUUUGGUGUGUCGCCUGCAGUGGUGGGCACAGACGUUGAUAGUGUUUGUGUGGACGUGUGACUUGGACAGUGAAAAGGAGAUAUGCUGCAAAAUGGAAUGACUGGUGCCAUUCGCACCACAACCACCACAGAGCUACCAGACCUCAAUGAGAGGAGAAUCAGGCGUCUCAGAUUAACCCUCCGGCCCGAGGACAAUCCUAAAACCCAGAAUGAAACCGGCAGCUCUGGGGAGAAAUUGGUCAAUGGUUCCCGGAAAAAGAAAAAUGUGCUCAUGCAGAGAGAAAGACCGCCUGGGAGAGAAUCACCUCAACAAGAAGAAAAGCAGCCUGUGACCAAUGGCAUCAGUAGGGAACAGCUCGCUCAGCACGGGCCCAGAAUUUAUGGUGUGGUGCACAGCACAGGCUCCAACCACCAACAGGAAGUGAUGGCACGAGACUGGUCUGCCAGUCACCUGAGGGAUGAGAUGAGGUACAUCAGAGAGGUACGUGACUCUUUGGAGAAAGUACGAGAGCGAAUGUAUGGCCAGUUUGGAGGGAUGCAACAAUCAGUGCAAAAAUUAUCUCAGGAAUUAAAGGCGGCAAACUCUCAUAAGCGUUUCCUGGAGUCUGAGGUGAGGACGAGAAGUGCAGCUAUGGACAGCUUUGACCAGAUGAACAGCUCCCUCUUAACAGCAAACAUUGAUCUGCAGAAAUCAUUGCUGGAAAGCUGUCAUAACCGUGUGGGGAACAGGGAUGAGAUGAGAUCUCUGCGCAGCUCGUUGGAGAAGACAGAGGAGAAACUCAAGGAAGCAGAGAGACAACUAGCAGCAGCACAGGCUGAAAACAACUCUCUCAAACAUCAGGUGGAGACUUCUCAGGAGGCGAAGACUCAAGCAUUGAAAGAGUUGAGUGCUAAGCUACAGAGGGAAUAUGAGGAACAGCUGCAGGAACAGCAGAGGAAGUACAGAGAGGAGAUAGAGGCUUUGCAGGCACGGCUUGAUGACUACAUGAGGAGACUUGAGGAGGCUGAGAGGAAUGCUCAGAUAGCUGAGGCAAAGAUCGCUGAAAGGGACCUAAGAAUUACAGAGGUGGAAAGGCUACUAAACUGUAUGGCUCAGGAGAAGGGUGACCUGAUAAAAAGACUUGUUGAAUGUGAACAACGCUUACGUGGUUUGGACGAAAUUGACCACGUAGACAAAGCUGCGCCCAAACAGUCCGAGCAGCUGAAAGGGGAAGCAGCAGAACUGCGAGAGAGAAUAAAGCACCUCAAUGACAUGGUGUUCUCUCAACAGAGGAAGGUCAAGGCCAUGAUAGAGGAGGUUGAAACCUUGAGAGCAAAAGUUGCACAGAAGGAUAUGUUCAUCGCUGAGCUGCUAGACAGGAUUGCCAUUGUGGAGUGUGAGAAUAAUGAGUUAGAAGACAAGUUGAAGUAUUUUAUGUCUGUACAGAGAGCAUCUGAGACUAAAGUAGUCACCAGGGAUGUUGGAGUUGGCUGUGACCUGCCCGUUAGAUCUGAGGAGCCGCUGUACGUCGCUCCUUUCCAAACCAGCCCUGUCUCACCGAGCCCAAGAUCCUCUAGCAGACUGAGCUAUAGUCUACUAAAAUACACCCCUGGCCAGUACAGCACAAUGCUGCGGUCCAGUGUAGUACAUACACAAGAAACAACGAGCAGUACCACACAAACUGCAACUCUAUCUUCAAGUUAUGGUCAGACAAGCAAUGAAGACGGGAAGUCAGAAUCUCCACCGGCCUCAGAACUGUCCUCUGCCACCAGCCCUCGAGCGAGAACCAGCCCGUCACAGAUCUACACUCCUUUUAUGAAGCUGAUGGAGAUUAGCGCGAAGAUGAACAUUGAUUGAAUGAAGUUCUACUGAAAUGGCAGUGGCCGAAGCUGAUGGAACAUGAAGUAUUUUUGUUUUGCUACUGCUCGUGUAACAUUGCAGUAUAUGUAAAUAACCUACUGAUCUGUGAAUAACUUAUUUUAGUAGUAUAUUGAUGCACUCUAUUUUGCUUUGUUUACAAAAAAAGUGAUUUUAUGUGAUAGCCCUCUAUAUUUUACAAUUAUCUAUUUAUAUUUUCAUUUUUCUGAGUGUAUAACCCAUAUAUUAUUUUGUUAUAUAUAUAUAAAAAACUCAAUAAUAGGCUCUAUUUAUGAGGGGGUUUUCAGCAAAGAAAUGAUGGUAUCAGCUGUGAUCAAAGCUCAAUACUUGAGUUCUAAUAGAUGUUUUUCACUUC